AUGAACACUACAAAUUCAAGAAAUAUUGUUUAUGUCAAUCCGACACUAAUAGAAGUGCCUUUUCUAUUAAAUAUUUAUCUUGGCAUAUUUAUUUUUAUUACGGGUAAUAUUAGUAGUAUUGGAAAUUUUCUGGUAUUUAGUUCACGAACAUUUCGUGCUCGAGCUUGUUCUAAUUAUUUAAUAGUGGAAUCUAUGUUUACAUUUAUCUAUUUUGAUUUUGUAUUACUUACACGUGUAAUUCAAAAAGGUUUUCAACUUCCUAUAAUAAAUAAGUAUUCUGUUAUUUGUAAAGUACGAGAAUGGCUUUCAGAAUAUACACAUCAAGUUGCAUUUAGUUUAUUUGCAUUGGCUACAAUUGAUCGAUUUCUAUCUACUCAUCGUUCUGCUGCUUAUCGUGCAUGGAGCAAUCGUAUUUCUCUUACUUACAAGCUGAUUCCAACAGUCAUCAUUUUCUGGUUUUUAUGGACGGGUCAUCGCUUGAUAUUUUACACUACAAGUACUGGAGUUUGCAUACCAAUGGCAGGUAAUUAUGAAAUAUUCGAUGCCUACUUUGAGGCAUGCAUGUCUGGAGUUGUACCGCCUAUACUUUUUAUAACACUUGGCAGUUUACUUUUGAGAAAUGUUCGAAGUGUUUCUCGCAGACGCGUAAUGCCUAGUGUUGGUAAUGGACUGCAUGUAGCCACUGUAAACCUUUCACUUAUUCAGCAAAUUGAUGCCCAACUCUCAAAUAUGAUAUUGUUGCAGUCAUUUGUUGCUGUACCUUCAUUUUUACCUUUUGGAGCUCAAAAUCUUUACUCAAGUAUUACUCUAUACUGGAACAAAGCACCUUUAUAUGUAGCUUAUGAGAAUAUUUUUGUUGAACUUAUACGGCUUUUCUCCUAUCUAUUCUAUAGUACAAGUUUUUAUAUAUCUUGUAUAUCAAGUUCUGGUUUUCGCAAACAAGUUUUAUAUAUAUUGAAAAUACGACGACAAGUAGAUCCUUCUACUCAUACAACGACGACUCAUUAA